AUCUAGAGUCAACCCCCAACCGCACAGACAAAGAACUCAAAUUCCAAUCCUAUCUGACUAUCUCCAUCACCAAAAACCAUUCUUCUCUGCUUCGCUUUUCCGAGUUAAAAUUCGGACAAAAGUCUCAAUCUUUCAUUCUGGGUUUCUUGUUUUUCAACAAAUUUAGCUUAAGAAAUGAUUCACUAAACUCCUCUGCUUCCUUGGAUUCAGAGUAAAAAGAUCAUGAAGGUCACAAGCUUGAGCAAGAAUGCUAACUCCGCAGCAGCUAUAGCUGUAUCUUCAAUAAGCAAACUCCCAUUCCUCUCUGUGUCUGAAUCUUUGCCUUGUCCGAAGCUUUCAACUACACCCACGUUUCUUCCUUUGAGAUGUAGACGGAGACCAAAGUUGGAUUUACUCUGGGAAAAAUUUAGAGUUGGUGCAUCAAAUGCUGGUGUUGGAUCCGGGAGCUAUAAUGGUGGUGAGGAGGAUGGAUCUCAAAGUAGUUCUCUUGAUCAAUCUCCUGCCAGUUCAUCAGAAAGCUUAAAACCUCAGGGGCCAUUCCCUUACUCUUUGUCAAUAGCACUUGUACUACUAAGUUGCGGUUUGGUAUUUUCUCUUAUCACUUUUGUGAAAGGAGGACCAUCCUCAGUUCUUGCAGCAGUAGCAAAGUCAGGCUUCACAGCAGCCUUCUCACUGAUAUUUGUUUCCGAGAUUGGAGACAAGACAUUUUUUAUUGCGGCUUUGUUGGCCAUGCAGUAUGAGAAAACACUGGUGCUUUUAGGUUCAAUGGGAGCUUUAUCUUUGAUGACUGUCUUAUCGGUUGUUAUUGGGAAGAUAUUUAAAUCCGUGCCCGCUCAGUUUCAGACAACACUACCUAUAGGAGAAUAUGCUGCAAUUGCGCUUCUCAUGUUCUUUGGAUUGAAAUCUAUUAAGGAUGCAUGGGAUCUUCCACCAGCGGAAGUCAAGAAUGGUGAGGAAACCGGUAUUGAACUUGGUGAAUAUUCUGAAGCUGAGGAACUCGUUAAAGAGAAGGCGUCCAAGAAGCUCACAAACCCACUUGAGAUCCUGUGGAAAUCAUUUAGCCUCGUGUUCUUCGCUGAAUGGGGAGAUCGGUCAAUGCUUGCAACUGUUGCGCUCGGUGCUGCACAGUCUCCAUGGGGAGUUGCGAGCGGAGCUAUUGCUGGACACUUAGUGGCAACAUUGCUUGCAAUCAUAGGUGGCGCGUUCCUUGCCAACUACAUCUCUGAGAAACUGGUGGGCUAUGUGGGUGGAGCUCUCUUCUUAGUCUUUGCUGCAGCCACAUUCUUUGGAGUGUUCUGAGCUGUGUUUGUUCUGGCGAUUCACAAGCCUUGCAAUAUUGAUAUUCUUACAUCUUUUGUCGGAAUCAAAGCUGGAGAGCAAUGGACCAGACCCUUGUAACAAUAGUUGUUUGGAAUAAGCACAAGAAGGAAACAUUCUUAAUUUACGAAUGGCAUCAAACAUUUCACAUACAUUCA